AUGAGUAAAAGAAGAAUUCAAGAAGAGGACUCAGACAUCGAUGUCAGCUCCACCGAUGAAUCGGACGUGGAAUCUCAACAAAACGAGGAAAUGGAGGAGGUGGUCAAUGUGGACUUCGACUACUUUGACUUGAACCCCACCAUCGACUUCCAUGCAUCUAAGACGUUUCUCCGCCAGCUCUUCGGAGAUGAUGCUACACAAUUCGACGUUUCUGGAUUGGCUGACUUGAUCUUGUCUGGAAAUACCGUGGGAACCACCAUCAAAACUGACGGAGAAAACAGCGAUCCCUUUGCUCUUUUGUCUGUGAUCAACUUGACAGAGAACUACAACAAACCCAGCGUUAAGGCGGUGGUGGACUACGUGUUGAGCAAGUCCAAGAGCCAGCUUGAGUUCAAUACUGUGUUGUCCAAGUUGUUGGUGCCAGCAAAGACUACUAAGGACCAGAGCAAGCAGUUGAAGGUGGGUUGGAUUGUCAGCGAGAGAAUGAUUAAUAUGCCUGUAGAGGUGGUUCCUCCCAUGUACAAGAUGCUUUUGGAGGAGAUGGAGAAGUCUGAAAACGCUCACGAGAAGUAUGAGUUCGAUUACUUCCUUGUGGUGUCCAAGAUCUACAAAUUGGUAGAUGCCAACAUCGAGGAGGAGGAAGAUGGACAGAAGUCCAAGAAGAAGAAGGCUGGUGCUGCCAAGACCGAGGAGUUUGACUACUUCCACUACGAGGAUCUUGUGUUGGAGGAGAAUGCCAAAUACCAUGGCCAUUAUGCAUACACCAACCAGCAGCAAGAGACAGACUCUCGUAGAGUGUUUACGGAGUAUGGAAUUGAUCCACGUCUUAGUUUGAUUUUAUUGGACAAGAAGGGAUUGCAGAAGUCGAUUCCAGAGAUGGAGGCCAAGUUUCCUCCAUUCUGA